UUAGGACCGAAAUUACUCGCAUUCAUUGAGUAGAGUUUUAAAAGAACACUAUGGCGCAUCUUGCCUUUCCGGUAGUUCUGCUUUUAACUGGGCUGCUCGAUGCUGCGAUUUCUGAUAUUGUCGUAAGGAAGCCUGACGUUCCCUACAACAUUAAAAAGUUUCUUGGCACGGAAGAACCAAUUUGGACCUACAAUUCUACAAUCCAUGCUAAUAUUACCUGCAAAGUGGAUCGUAUGGUCAAUAUGACAGAAGAAGCGAUCAACUUCAAUAGAACAAUGUAUUUUCAUGGAAACAAGUCAGGAUAUCCGGUGGAAGGCACAUUUUUUUCUGAAGAAGCAUCGGAGCCCUAUGCAAUUUUAUUCGGCGCACCAGGCGGCCUUAAAGAGGGUUAUGAGCUCAUAAUCUACGCCAACGACAACUACACCUGCGCCGUGAUGAAUGUGACACUAACACUGGGCCUUCCAACCUUCUGGUUUGACCUGCGCGUGGUAAAUUCCUCUGUUGACAUCGGGCCCGACAAAGGCUGUCAAAAUUACUUCAAGAGUGUUGCUCCGAAGUCGGAUCAACUGUAUAAACCGGAAUGUCAGACGAUUCUAGAGCAUUCCGAUGUAACUCCAGUUCGGCUGCGGGAUAUAUUGAACUAAAGAAAUGUCAACAGACAAUCAUUCAUUUGUUCCAUUAGGUUGUUUCGAUACAUAUUUGCACAUUGAUGCAAUAAAGUGUAGAAUGCUUCACAUUUU